AUGUUUGCAAGGCAUGUACUUAGGUCGGCUCAGCCGUUGAGAACUCAAUGCCGUCGAUAUGCAACCGAACCGCAACUGAGUAGCAGCUCCAACAAGGCUCUCUAUGCCGGCAUUGCGACCGUCCUGGGAGGUGGAAGUUAUUACUACCUCAGCCAAGACACCCUCGGGAACGGAGCCAAAGCCAAGGAGGCUGUGGAAAAGGGCGACGAGCCUGUUGGGAAGGGCGGCAAUGGCAAUGUGGCAUUUACUGGAGGCGACCAGGGAUUCAUCAAGUUACGGCUUGACAACAUUGAAAUCGUUAACCAUAACACGAAGAAAUUCCGAUUUGCGCUGCCUGAGGAUGACCAGGUUAGCGGUCUGCAUGUUGCAUCCGCUAUCCUUACCAAAUAUAAAGGGCCGCAGAUGGAGAAGCCCGUUAUCCGACCAUAUACACCCAUUAACGAUGAGAACGCAAAGGGCUACUUAGACCUUCUGGUGAAGAAAUACCCCAAUGGCCCGAUGUCAACGCACCUCCAUGAUAUGGCUCCCGGACAGAUGUUGGAAAUCAAGGGACCUAUUCCCAAAUACCCCUGGGCGGAAAAUAAGCACAACCACAUUGCUCUGAUUGCUGGAGGAACCGGUAUCACGCCCAUGUAUCAGCUAACACGCGCAAUUUUCAAUAACCCCAACGAUAAGACGAAGGUCACACUUGUCUUCGGAAACGUUACAGAGGAAGACAUCCUCCUAAAGCACGAGUUGGCAGAACUCGAGAACACCUACCCCCAACGAUUUCGAGCAUUUUACGUCUUGGACAAGGCGCCUAAUAAAGAUUGGAGGGGAGACACCGGAUUCAUCACCAAGGAAUUGCUGAAAAAGGUUCUCCCAGAGCCGAAGAAUGAGAACAUUAAGGUCUUUGUCUGUGGGCCACCAGGCAUGUACAAGGCUAUUUCCGGAAUGAAGAAAUCUCCUAAAGACCAGGGUGAUCUUUCCGGUAUCCUCAAGGAUCUCGGAUAUUCUCAGGAUCAAGUCUACAAGUUCUAA